AUACAUAACGUCAGUGAAACAAAAAAAAACUGUUCUUUUUGUUUUAUUAAUUUUAUGAUUAAACUUGACCUUUUGAUUGUGAAUCAUGUAAUUUUAUAGUUUCUAGUCUAGUCGUAGUUUUUUUCUUGCAUUUUAUGUGUUACUUUUGUGUUAGUUUAGUGUGUAAAUAUUGCAGUGAGGUUAGAAGCUGGUCAUUUUUUUAUCACUAACUGAUUUUUUUAUACUGAGUUAAUUAAGUUAAUUCAGAGAAUAACAUGGAUUUUGUUAAAAGAGAAGAUCCGAAUGUACUCGAUGAAGAAAGUUACAAAGUUUAUAUAGACAGUUUUCAGAAAACACAUCAAGUCGAUGUAUCCGAUUACCACACACCAAUAUCUAUUGAACAGCUGCAUCAGGCAAUGCAGUCGUCUCUCAACGCAAGUGUCGUCCAUAACUUCCAGCUCUCACCACGACAAAUGUCUACCCUCAUGUUAAAAUCCAACCAUUUAAGUAGAAGCUUGAACUUCACCGAUCUACCGUCCCAUUUGCCGAGAAACCUAACCUCUGAUAUGGAUCUGGUACAUAACCUAGCCAACGAUUUGCCACAUAACCGACACGAUGAUUUACUCAACGGUAAUCUAGCACGAAACCUUGAAAUGAGAAGUCUGAACGAUUUAGAAUUACAAGCGAGUUUAACACAAACUUUAGUCCAAAAUAUAAACGAACAGGAACUAGCAAGGAAUAUGAGUAUAGAGAUGAAUAGAAUCAACGAUGUUUUACCUCAAAAUAUUAGUAGAAGUGAACAGAUUCCUCAUGAUUUGGGACACGAAAUAGACUUGUCACACCAUUUGAAUAGACAAAACAUUGAACAGGAUGUAUUAAUGAGUCAGGAUGGGAGACGAACACCGUUAAUACAAUCGGUCCAAGAUGGGCAUAUACUUGAACAAAAUUUGGUCCAAAGGUUGGAACAAAAUUUAAACCAAAGGUUGGAUCAAACGUUGGGACACAGAAUAGAACAUAAGAUGGAGUUAAAUGUCCAUGAAAGUAACCAACGACAUGAACAAGAACAUUUGUUACCAAUGCCGUUUCAUAUUAAAUCUGAACAAGAGGACGAUGGUUAUUUUUACGAAAGUAUUAACCAUGGUAUUAAUAAUGCAAUAAAUGGUCAUAUUUCCCUGCAUCCAGAACAUACGGCUAACGCGACACUACCACAAGAACAUGCCUACACAAUAUAUAACAAUCAUUUACCCAUUUCCGCGUUAAAUUCAAUAGACCAUUUAUACUCUCGUCAACAAAAUUAUGUACAAAAUUACGCAGCCAACGUUAGUAGGGACAACCCACAAAAUCUAGUCGUUCACAGACAAUUUAAUAACAGCCCUUAUCCUGAAGAGUAUAAAAAAUCUAUCGAAGAUGGCGAUAUUGGCGGGAAAAUUGACAGCUCCAAAAGUGAAGAACCAAAAGAAAAUCUAAAACCCACAGAUCAAAAUAAAAUGUUUUAUACAGAUUAUCAAAAUUCAUAUACAAAUAAUACAGAGAAAAACGAAAACGAACCGAAUUCUAAUAAAUUAUUCGACGAAGUUUCAAUGAAUAUAAAAGGAGAGUAUGUCUGUUUUAAAUGUAACGAAGUGUUCCCAUGCAAGCGUGGUUUGAGACAGCACGUCAAAACGUGCGUAGAGAACGGUGAAAUGAACGAAUUGGUUGAAAAAUUAGGUAAAUUCUGUUGCACGCAAUGUUCCUAUCGGUGUCAAUCGCCCGCCAUUUUGAAAAUACACGAACGCACGCAUACAGGUGAAAAACCAUACUCCUGUACUUUCUGCGAUUACAAAUCCGGUCAAAAGAACAACGUUGCUAAACAUAUCUUAGUACACAUGAAAGAGAAACCAUUCAGAUGUCAAUAUUGUGAUUAUAGAUGUGCCCAGAAGAACAAUCUAGUAGUCCACGAGCGAACCCACACAGGUUAUAAACCGUUCGCUUGCCCUUACUGUGAUUACAGAACGGUUCAGAAACCUAAUCUAGUGAAACAUAUGUAUUUACACACAGAUCAGAAACCAUUCAGUUGUGAUAUGUGCAGUUAUCGUUGUGUACAGAAAACUAACCUCACUAAACACAAACAGCGACAUAUGAAUGAUAAGGAAGGUGAUAAAAUAGAGAUCAAGGGUCAAGUGAAGCCGUACAGACCGAGACAGAAGUCUGUCAAGUGUCCGCACUGCUCGUACAGAUGUGUACAGAAGUCCAGUUUAGAGAAGCAUUUACAAUUCAAACAUAAUGAAUUAAAUAUUGAAUUUGUGUCCGAAUAUAAGCAAAGUGUUAAUCAAAAGUGUGACGAUAUCUGUGAUGAUACGAUACAAAAUUUAAGUGUUAAAAAAGAUGAUCCCGUUUACGUUGAUAAUGUGUGUCAGGACAAAGCAAUGGAGCCAUUGAAAAUUCAGUCAUAGUGUUAAGUUUUAAGUGGGAUUUUGUACAUACUAGGUAAGUUGGAUAUGCAUGUAAGUCCAAGAUUUCUCAAUUUGUAUAGUAGGUUAUACAAUCGUUCAAAUGUUUGUAAGUUUUAAUAUAGGGGCAUGUCAUUUAAUUGUAAUAGUUGGCAUGUAUUGAUCCUGUCUCUUACAUUCUCUUUGAAUAGAGACCACAAUGUGAUGAUGCAAUUGACAGCAGAAUUUCAGCUGAAUUAAUUAACACUGGCGAGUUCUGUGCCAUCAAAACUUUACCAAUUAGUAGUGCUGGCGCUAUUAAAAGGUUUUAAAAGAUUUCUAAGCUUGUUAAACUGAUUUUACAAAAACAUCUAAUUUAAAAACUGAUUCCAAGAUAUAAAUAAUAAAAAAAGCAUGCAGACAAAUUAAGAACAUCUACCUUUUUGGUAGUCUGUUAAAAAAAUAAAAAAGGUAUAUAAUGUUUCGUUUACUCAUGUUUUUAGUAUAUUAAAACUGAACAUUUAAUUUUUAUAUUUCUUUAAUGAAAAUACUCAUGUUCCAACGAAAAAAAAAAUAUUUAAAAAGGAGAAACUUUUGUUUGUCUUUUUUGAUUCUUAAAUGUCAAAAUGGUAUGAGAUUGCAUUUUUAAUCUGUAACUAUUGUUGCCAUAUACAAAAACAUCGAAAAUGUUGCCUUAUAUGACAUGCCAAAUUAUUUUUAUUGUGAUAUAGAUUAUGAUAUGUGCUCUCUUGAUUCCUAUGAAUUUUAUGUGAUUUUUAAUAGCAUCUUUUGCUGUUAUAUAAGUUUCGUGGUUAUCGGUUUGUGUAGAGGGCGCUAGUGUAAGAUUUUGUUACUCCUAGGAAAAACCAGAUGGGCGAAAUUGGUUAAAAUAUCAUCAUAACUGCCUUAUCCUACUCCCGUAGAGUCAGCAAAAAUUGGUAAUACACGCGGUUAUUUUAUAAGUCAAUUUUUUUUAUUUAUACAAGAAAGCAUUAAAAAGGAAAAUAAUUUGAAUUUUUUGCCAAAUAACUCAAUUAUCUAUUUUUUUUACUAAUUAGCACUAAAAUCCAUUAAUUUCAAGUAUAUUUUGUAGUUACAAACACUUUUUACUCUACUUUAUUUAUGCUCUUUGACAUUUGAUGUGCAGUCAAAGAAUUUAUUUCACUACCCACUAUAUUGAAUCAAGUAAAUUGUUAGUAAGGGCUAAAGUUAGCUUUUAUAUAUGUUACCAUAAUAGGAAGGAAGUAAAUAAUUUUUUUAUAUACUAGGUUUUUAAUUCGCCACUCAUCUGGUUUUUCUUAUGAACUGAUAAAAGAAAUUGUGUUGUGAAAUAUUUUAAGUAAAAAAGAAAUGAAGUGGUUCUUAAAUAAAUUUGCUUUUAAGGUUUUUUUUAAUGUUUUUGCUUUGAUUGUAUUUUUCGUUUUAUUUUCACUAAAUGACGACAGUACACAGAAUCAAUACAGAUAUUAUAAUAAAUAAAAAUCAAUUUACAAUGGAUCUGUAGAUUCAAGAGUUUUUAAAUGGUUUUUUAUGUGACAAUAAUUAAAUUUCUUUGGCGAGUCAUUACUGAGUAACAUAAGUUAAAUUUUGGUUAUUGUUGUCAUUUUAAGAAAUAAAACAAAUGCUGUUAAUACACAGUGAAAUGUGGGAAAGAAAAUGCUAAAAUUGAUUUUUACCAUACAAUUGUUCAUUCCCAUAUCGUAAUAAUAUCAAGAAAUGGUUUAUUUUUUAGGAAAACAAUUCCAUUUUUUAUGUUUGAGAAUUUGUUACCAAGAGAUUUGAGUGUACCUUCGCUUUUUUAAUCACAAUUAUUGUAAUAUCAAAUAUUGCGUUUAAGGUUUUUCUAGUGAUAUUUUUAAGUUAAUCAAGUUUUUUUGUAUGUUCAUUUUGUAAUUAAAUGCCGCUUA